ACCGCGUUCGCGAAUACGAAAUUGUUACUGUGUAAUUAUUUAGUUUUAAUUGGUUUUUAUAUGUGAACAUGGAGAGUGACUAGACUAGUGAUUUUAAUCAUCAGUGUUUUUUUUGUUUUAACUUUUUGCAAACAAAGCCCGCAGGGUUUAAUUGAAUCGUAAACGGGCAGAAAUCGCAACAUUAUCGGCGGAAUGCGUAGAAAUCGUUCUGCAUGAACGGUCCAAUCGAAGACCUAUCAUGGAGGUAACCAUCGGAUAGUGAACUAGUGUACCUUCGGUGAUUUCAGGCAUCACUGGCUAUUGUUUUAUGGCUGAUGCGUCGGUAGCCCUUUUAAACAUUAUGAAAUAAACUGUAAAACAAAGUGCUAAACAAAAUGAGUUCGCGGGACUAUUAUAAAGUGUCUUACAUGAACAAGGGGGCUGAUCGCUCCAGGGUCUCGGUAGACCAUGAUGUUCUCGACAACGAUACGGAGUUCAACGCGAACCAGUUCAAACUGUACGAUGACUUCACGACGGACCUUCGGAUGUCCUUCAAUCCUCUCCGACGCAACUUCCACGAUAUCACCAGGACUGAUAUGAUGAGGAGGAGGGGAGACCCCAACGAUUCUGGUGUUGACAUGGAAAAUGGAAACCCUCUUGAAGAUGUGUCAACUUCUAACGAUAGUGAUUUGUUGGAGAACGAAGUGAUGGUAGAUCCUUGGAGCAGCAUGGACUCCUCGAAUUCACCGUUAACUGACUCCGGACCCUCGGCAAGUGAAGACUGCACCCCUUCCACUUCGAGUGAGCCCCAUCGCGGGCCUCUAGAUGCGUCUUCCCCUCUUUCGCCUGACUCGCGCCGCAUACCCAACCCAAAAGACACCAAAACCAAGAUUGCCCCCAAACACAUUCCUCCAAAAUCUUCAGACAAGGCGCGUUCGCGAGAGCUUACCCUUGAACUAGAGACCCUAGAGCCCGAUCUUAUUUCACGCCGGCCACAUUUUCUUGACGAAGAUUACCAACCGCCGUCCAAAUCAAACAUCGAAUGCCGAAUCCCCAAACCGCACUUCCUCGACCACUCACCGUCGCCUGAUGAGUUUGAUGAACGUAGUGACAUCACAAACCCGAACUUCCUAGACGAUGAUGUCGAAGGCGACGACAAUAAUGCACAAAAGAAGGCUGGUGCUCUACCAAAGCGACCACAGAAAAACCAGCCUUCAACUUACUCCAGCUCUGAAGAUCGGCCGCAUAGAACAAGUUACCGAAGCGCUUUACAUUAUGGGUUAGAAAGUGCGGCACGAUCGAGUGAGCGGGACAAAAGGGCUUCCCAACUAUACAGAGGGACCUGGCCAGGAGAGCGCGAUGUCUGGACAGGUCAUGAUUCCGCCAGCGUUCGCAGUUUCUCUAGUAACGGUUCCGCAGAGGGGGCGAGACCCUCAUCUAACUUAGAAAAUAAAAUGGAAUGCGUUUGUUCCUUAAUUUCUCUAUUAAGUUUAUCACCAGAAAACAACGCAGACUUAAGCGGACCUUUGUUAGAUAUGAGCCGAUCAGUUGAAAGUUGCAUUGCUAUGCGGCAAGCAGGAUGCAUCCCGUUACUCGUUCAGUUAAUACAUUCGAAAGUCCCUAGAGAAACUCGAGAUCGCGCGGCGAAGGCGCUUCGUAACAUAAUCCACACACAGACUGAUGACAAAGCAGGGAGAAGAGAAGCCCGAGUCUGGAGGUUGUUAGAACAAGUCAGAGAGUACUGUUACGUUUUAGAAGAUCUCGUAGAAAUGAGGAAAGAAGGAAAGGAAGUUAUAGAAGAUGAUGCGACCAAACAUCCGAGUCAGAGUGUAGCAGCUCUGAUGAAGCUAUCUUUCGAUGAAGAGCACAGACAUGUGGUGUGUCAACUGGGAGGAUUGCAAGCGCUGGCUGCGUUAGUAAGCGGUGACCAGGCGGCACACGGCAGCAGAACUGAUGACAACACAUGUCUAACCAUGAGGAAGUACGCCGGGAUGACAUUAACGAACCUCACCUUUGGAGAUGGCAACAACAAGUCCUUGCUCUGCUCCUUCAAGGACUUCAUGCUGGCUCUGGUUGAGCAGCUGGAGUCACCGAACGAUGACAUGCGACAGGUAACAGCAGCUGUUCUGCGAAAUCUUUCCUGGAGAGCAGAUACCAACAGCAAGCAAGUGCUGAGAGAAGUAGGCGCCGUCAAAGGUUUGACUAAAGCCGCAAUGACGUGUCAAAAAGAAGCCACGCUGAAGUCAGUCCUCUCAGCGCUCUGGAACUUGACAGCUCAUUGCUCAAUGAACAAGGUAGCCUUGUGUUCAGUUGAUGGAGCUCUAGGGUUCCUUGUGGACAUGCUCAGCUACAACUCACCGACGAAAACAUUAGCUAUAGUGGAAAACGCAGGUGGCAUCAUGAGGAACGUGUCGAGUCACAUCGCCGUUCGAGAAGAUUACAGGCAAAUUCUCCGCGAGAGAAAUUGUUUAAGUGUCUUACUGCAGCACCUCAAGUCUCCGAGUCUCACUGUUGUCAGCAACUCUUGUGGCACGCUAUGGAACCUGUCCGCGCGAUGCCCACAAGACCAACAAUUCCUAUGGGACCACGGAGCGGUGCCGAUGCUCAGAAGCCUCAUCCACUCCAAGCAUAAAAUGAUUGCGAUGGGUUCAAGCGCAGCCCUCAAAAAUUUGCUCAAUUCCAAGCCUGGCAAGACGCACAUAAUCUCUUUAGAUACGACGGCUAGAAAUAUGAAUCUUCCAGCACUUCCAACCCUGGGAGCGAGAAAGCAAAAAGCUCUGGAACAAGAAUUGGACCAAAACCUGGCCGAGACAUGCGACAAUAUUGAACCGGCAACGUCUCCGACUACAAGUAAUCGGGAAGAAAAGAAUCUGUUCACAGCCACUGAAAGGCAAAUCGCCAUGAAUUUAGAGCGACACAGGAUGACGUCUAGUUCGCCACUUAUGGGUACGCUGACUUCCCAAAUAUCUUUAAGUCACAGCGCACAUUUGGCUAGCUACUUGAGCUGCAGUAACACGUUAUUGAAAGGUGCUCUCGUCACUCGUUCAAACACGGGCAGUGCGGGUAACGUCAACAGAUCAGAGAGCAAGGAUUCCGUCACCAGUACUCAUUCAGACUCCGUGUUCGAAAGAGUUAUGCGUCCUGGCAAAGUGCCAGUACCUACGCCUCGGAACAAAGACCUAGUGAAGAGUGAAACUUCCAGUGAAACGUUUAAAGGAUCUUCGAAGCAACACAAAGACAACUCUUUCCUUCGAUAUCCCACUCAACCUCCAAUUCCUCCUCCUAGAAGUACCACAGAAAUGAGAACAAAUUAUACAGAAUCUGGUUUUGACGUCGACCAGGAUUCUUGCGACCAGCCCAUAGACUUCAGUAGGAAAUACUCGGAGACUAAAAAUACCGAGUCUGAGGUUGAAAAGCCAAAGGCAGAUAACAAAAAGUAUUCGAAGAAAGACAGCCCCACCACGUUCGGUGAUUAUCAGGAGACGGAUUUAGACCAGCCUACGGACUAUUCGUUACGUUACGCUGAACACCAAUCGGAGACAGGUUCAGACUUGUCCGAGCCGCCUGGUCCCUCCGUCCACGAGGACACCAUCAAACAUUUCGCAACUGAAGGCACUCCUUACGAAACUCCUGCCAUCUUCUCAACAGCUACUUCAAUGUCAGAUUUGAGGGUUAUCGGGAAGGACAAUAAGAAAGCCGCGACCACUGUCAAACCGAAUCCUGAGGCGAUGACGCAUUCUGACGAAAAGGACACUUGUUCCAUCGAAGACCCGCCGAACAUCGACAACGACAGAGCAGCUUCAACGCCCCAACCUAUCUCUGUGUCCGAACCGAUACCUGAGAAACGAGAAGAUUUUGACAGUAAGUUCAGCUCGGGGAUGAUAAGUCCUGAGAAGCCGGUGAACUAUUGCGAUGAGGGUACUCCUGGGUACUUCUCGAGAGUGAGCUCUUUGAGCAGUCUUGGCGAGCCCACUGAAGAGGACUGUUUAGCUAAGAGGAAUGCUAUGGCGACCAUCAACGUGGACCCAAGUCCUCCCGAACAAAAUACCAGCAGUUCUGCUAAGGACAAAGAAGGUUCAAAAGCAGUGACUUUCGCAACGGAACCUGUCUCCGUGUGCACGGGUUCUGAGCCCGCGUCGGCUAGGGCUUCGCCCCCGCCGCAGCGCUUCGUGGAGGACACGCCGCUCAUGUUCUCUCGCUCCAGUUCGCUCGGAUCGCUCCCUGAGUGCUCGCAGCAAGAUGACCAGGGCUCUGUGGUGUCUGAAGUUAGCCGCCUAACAUCAGGCUGCAUCUCCCCGAGCGAGAUCCCCGACUCGCCCGGCGCCAGCGCGCCGCUGUCGCCGCGCGCCCGCGCCGCGCCCGCCCCGGGCUCGCUCACCGCCAUGUCCACGCCGCCACAAGAGCCAUGUGUAGGCUCGGUGUUUGAAGAGCGCGUAUCCCGGUUUGUGGUGGAACAUACUCCUGCGCAGUUCUCAGCAGCCACCAGCCUCUCCAGCUUGACUAUUGAUGAUGAGCCAAAGUUGCCCAAGCAAUCGUUGAAAUUAUUACCAAGACUCACACACGAGGAAGAGAUCGACGCAUCACCGAGCAAUAACCCAGAUGACGUAUUACAGGACAACAGAAAUAGACACCAAAUGCGGACAAUGCGGUCGUCGAACACAGUUCCUAUUGAACCUUUGAGAGGAACUCAAACCCCAGGCGAAGUAUGCAAAGUAUACUUCACAGAAGACACACCAGCCAUUUUGUCGAAAGCCGGCAGCAACUCCAACCUGUCCGCUCUGUCCAUCGACUCUGCGCCCGCGCCGCAAUUGCACGACUCACGUGAUUUGCACGAAGAAAGCGAUUUGCACGACUCACGCGAUUUGCACGACUCACGCGAUUUGCACGACUCGCGCGAUUUGCACGAUGCGCAUGAUACGUCUGAUAGCUCGAAUUUGAGCGAUGCGGGUGAUUUGUUAGAAGAGUGCAUACAGAAGGGUAUUGCUAAGGUGGUGAAGAACAAAGGGCCGACUUCUGACGUCAACUCGUACAGAGAUGAAGUUUACAGAUCCCUGCCACCAUACUUGCGUUCUUCGACGGAGACGGUCAGAAUGUCUCAUGAGUUCGCCAGGAAUGUUCGGGACAGUAGGUCGGGCAGCUCGAGUCCGCCGCCGCCGCUGCCGCCCAAGCUCACCCAUGCGCCCGCGCCGCCCAGACCACCAGCACUUGAUGAUGGUCGGAGAUAUGAAAGUCGUCUACCCAUCAAGAAUGCAAGCAGCUCACGUGAUCGACCACGAACAGCGGACGUAGCCAACCUCGCUAGAAACGACUCACUCUCUUCCCUCAGUCUCGAUUCCUUCGGCUCGACCGACCGCGAGAUAUUCGAGGAAACAGUCAAAGCUGGCCUCUCCAGCGUCAAUCCUAGAGCUAAGUACUGCACAGAUGAACGUACCAGAGCUCAUUCAGCCGAAGGAGUCGCCGAUACUUCGCGAAGGGACCGAGUACCAAGGUCUUUAGACCGCGCUUCCAUGAGGACGAGACAUGAACCCGAACAGGGCAGCAUUCGCAGCAGUCGAGCGAGACGGCGACGGUCACCGACGGGUACAGCAGCAAGGUUAGAACGUAGUACGUCAUUGUCGUCGCUCAGUAACGAGUCGUUUGGUUCCACUGAUCGGGAGGUGUUCGAGCGUAGCGUGCAGCGGGGUAUGGCGCGAAGGCCUGAGGCGCGGCGCGGACGCUCGGACGACCGGCUGGAGGCGCGGCGCCGGCGGGGCGCGCUGGCGCGGGUGGGCGCGGCGCGGGCGCUGCUGGAGGAGGUGAUCGCACGCGGCGCGCGCCGCCCCAAGACAAAAAACGUGCCCCCGCCGUCUGCGGGGCGCGCGCCCGCAGGCGGGGGGGACAACCGCGACACACCUGGCUCUGACCGCACUAGCGACACGCCUAGCCAACACCCGCGCGUAGCUAGUGACGACACGCGUAGCGACCACUCGCGCGUAGCCGAUGACGUCACGCGUAGCAAGGACCACCUGAUCCCGCUCCCGUGUGACGUCACGCGUAGCAAUGAGCAGCUCGCGCCACGCUCGGCCGACACUACUCUAUCAGAUCCCGAGCGCGACCUCGACCGUUCCAACGAGUCCUACGCAGAUGUUCCCGACGACUGGAGCGAUGACGGCAAAGACCACGCAGACGGCGGCACUCUUACUCGACACUCCAAACAGAACAAACUCGAGUGGACAGACAUUAAAUACACCACCAAACCACUGGACGAUAUACCUCUACCAGACGAUAUCUCUAAACGUGACACCGACACGUGGAAUGAUAACACGUGUCCUGAUGACGUCACCUUCCCAACCAUCAGCGGUUCCGUACAUAUGGUGUCUUCCAUCCGAAGCGAAGUAGCCGACCAUAACACAACGUUACCCGACUUGCUAGAAAAAAGCGAGGUACCACCCACCAUGGCGUUCUCAAGGCCAGACUUGACCAACAAACUGGAGUUGGAUAGAGAAAUACCUCAGUCUCCAAUCGUCAUGAUAAUGGAUACCGAUUUAGAUGCUGAUCGACUGAUGUUGGACAGUGUACCUGAACCUAGUUUCACGUCCCUUGUCGAUGAUGGCGAGCAGAAGUUUGACUCCAUUCUUUCGGCUGCUAUUGAAAAGGAAGCGGCAAGAUUGGCUGCUCAACUGAAAAGUUCUCACUAUGGUAUGGAGAACAGUGUAACGUCACUCACUUCCUUAGACCUUGACAACGUCAAACCGCCGUCGAACCUCGGCAGCUUGUUGUCACUCAGUGCAUCAGGCCAAUGGGACGAAACUUCCCAAAUGUCGAAGAAAUCCCAAAAGAGUAGGAAGAAGUCUCUCCCUGUAGCCUUGAUGGUGAAACGAGCGCUCAGUAACUCCAUGAACCAGGGCAGUUCCGAACAUUUGGACAGCAAUCCCGUCAACUUCCUCGACAACGUGAAGCCUCCAUCAGAAAUGGAGAACAUUGACAUGGAGAGCAGCAUGAUCUCCGUCUCCAGCAUAGUGUCGGAAGUCGCGGAAGUCAGGGACCGCACUCCAAUAGUCUUCGACUUCAAACAGCCUAUACAAGACUUCCCCAUGUGCAGUACUUUCACUAACGUCUUCCAUGACCUAGACAAGGUUAACCCGCCAUCAUUGUUCGAUGAAAUUGCUGAAUCUACUUUAGAACUUGAACCCACUACUGCACAACCAAUGUACGACGAUUGCGUGUCCACUUUAAAUGUAGUCACUGAUAUUCCAUCAGGAUCUGAAAACUGUACGCCCAUACCUUCUGAUAUGAGCAGCGUGGAAUCUACGCCAAAGAGACAGAGAGAUCCCAAAUACCUGACUCCUAAAGAAAAGAGGCAUGCAGCUAAGGACAGAUAUCAAACCUACACUAUAACUGAUACAGUCGCCGAAAACGACGUUGUACUGGAAGUUGAAGAACCAUUCGUCACAUGGACCAAGUCGGAGAGCGAUAGAUCCGACGAGUAUGUCACGGCCACUUCCGAAAUAAAGUCCAGAAGGAAAUUAAGCGCCAAACAGAGGAGAUUGGAAGACAGAGCUAGGUACCAAACUCAAACUGUUGAUAUUAACACCAUAAUGCCGCAAGAACCGCCGCAGAAAGUUGUAGACCCACACUUAGAGAGUUUAAAACAGCGGCUGGCGGCUAAAAAGACCAUGAAACAAAAGCGAAUAGAAGACGCUGAACGUUUCAGAACAAGGACGUUAAGUGAAGACAUACCUCCUUCACCCACUUUCGUAACCAAAGACGCAAACUUCGAAAAUGUCGAGACGACAACUGGUUACGAUAGCUUGUCAUCUAACGAGCUGAACCACCAACAGAUAUCGGAUGACAGACAAGAUGACGACGUAUUCUCACGAGAAACUGACAGCGGGAACAAUGAGGAUGACUUCGAACUCAACUCCACACAAAUGCAAACUUACACGAAGAGCUUCAGAAACUACUUGCCCGUCAUCGAAAGCCCUGCAGCAGUCGACAUGUGUGUCGUGUACAACCUAAAAAAUAUAGAAAUGACCGCGUCAUACAAACGCACGAUACAAAUGCAGUGUGAUAAAAACCAGAACCCAAGCAGUAGUGACUUCGCGAGCUACGAAGGUGAUAGUAAUUCUGAAGAUAAAGCUCAUUCGGAGUCAGACCCGGAGACCUCCCGGCCUAAGCCGAAAAUUAUCAAACCCGCUCGACGUGACGAAAGUCUUGACUCCAACGAUUCGCUUGAAAAGGAGAAUGACGCUCCUAAAGCUAUUAGAGGCAGAAAGAAGGCCAUGUAUGUGUCUCCAUACAGGCGAAAUGUACCCGCGGCUCCUAAAAAGCCCGCGACUCCGCAAACCAAAGUAGCACCUAAGAGUGCACCCCCAAAACUCACAAACCCCGUCAAAGCCCACACAAGUGCCAAAACGCCUAAACCUUCCGUUUCUAAAACUCCUAGUGCAAACACUUCCCCUAAAAAAUCUCUUCCGAAAUCCCCCACUAAGGUGCAACAGAAACCUAUAUGUAUACCUCCUGUUGCCACCAAACCGUUACCUUUAGAACGACAAGGAACGUUCACGAAGGAGGACAGUUCUGUGCCUACUCAGGACUUGCCUGUGCCAGUCCCGGACAAAAAGACUGCAGUUCCCAAGGCAGCUAAGGCACCUACGCCGAAUAAAAACAACACGUCUCCUUCACGACUUCCGCAGUUCAAUCGUACGAGACCACCACCAGCUAAAGCUAGCCAACCCAAGCCUUCCACGUCUAGGGUCACUAAGAAACCCGAACCGACCAUGAAGAACUCGCUUUCGAACCACAGCCUCCAAAGCAAUGAAAGUGGAAAGACCAUCACCAUAGCUUCGAGAAGCUCUCGACAAGGCAGCACUUCUAGUGUCAAUUCCAUACAGUCUUCUAAAACUAACUCAAAAGACAUAGAAAGCAAAAUAGCAAGCUUGUGGAAGAAAGUAGAACAAGCAAAGAAAUUGCCGGCUAAAGCUGAGAAAAAGGUUUGGAUAGAAGCUGAUAAGGAACCUCCCAAACUUAUCAGGAGUUCGACCUUUGAAGGGCAGCCGAAGGCCUCUGUACCUUCGGCUCCUAAGCAGAAAUCUGCUAUAGGUAUACGAGUGUCACAAAUACCUAGUUUAAGGCCAAAAACUGUACCGAGCAAACCCGCAGGACCAGUGAACAGUGCUAAAAAAACAAAUACUAGAGUUUUCACCAGGAAACCUGUAAAUGGACAGCUAACAUCUUAAAUAUUAAUGUUUUAUGGAGUUUUAAUGUUCUUAGUGUUAUGAGGUCUGCCAAUCAAACAGCCGUAUGACUCAGUGAUAUACAGACAUAAUUACGAUGUAUUAAAUGUCGAUUAAUUAUAUAACAUUUGACCUCAUGAUUUGUGAAACCAGUGAAAUAUAAUGCAUUGCAAUUUUUUUGCUGUGGGGCCUACACACUGUUGUGUGAAACCGGUCAAUUAAAAAGUAAUAUUGUAAUACAAUGCAUUGACCUUCUCUAUAGCAAAAUAUAUGCAUAUGUGUGGGUGUUUCACACGUACACUAAGUUCUAUACUGACACAAUAGUAUCUGAGUUUGAUUACCUUGCUGGCUAUACUUAGCUUCCUUUAUUCUCAAAGCCGCAUUGAUUGCUGAAAUAAAUAUCGAUUAAAACAAGUUAAAUAGGCGAACAUUUACAAAUCGAAUACCCACAUUAUUGUUAAUCUAUUACAAUAAAUAAAUUAUCAUAACACUUCAAAUGUUUGACAAAAUAAUAUUCUUAUACUGGCUUACUUAUGAAUGUUGUCAAACCUUUGAGUGUGGUGCAGUGGUACAACUAAUGUUAUCGUCCAAUAUGGUUAUUAUAGGAAGGUUUAUCGAAUUCCUUUUCAUCGAAUAUAAGUGCAAUAUUGAUUAAGCUAUACUUCACUAACCAUCUUUCAGUUUGAUCGAAUAACCUUUCUGACGAGGAUGAAAGUACCACUAGCUAAAUUAACUUUAGAGAUUAAUUCUUGAUUGUGAAUUGUUCUGGAGAGUGAAAUACCAGUUAGUGACCUAUUUUCAUUAUUUCUUUUACAUUUCUUUUGUAUAUUUGUUGCAUUUAUUCAUAUUUUAGAGAUUAUAUGUUUGAUUAUCCUACGACGGAUCCUAUUAUUUCGACUGCAAUUUUAGUUUUAUAAGGAGAUAUAUUGAAAAACAUAGUCACAAUUCUUUUUCUACUGGCAUAAUAUUAUUAUUUACUGUUAUUUCGAGAUCGAUGAAUAAACUACAACAAUAUAUUUUAGAAUAACCUAUAGGACUUAACCCCAGGGGUUUUGAGUCAGCUUUAUUGAAAUCUAUUAUAGUUUAUUGAUAUAUCUCGAUGUUUAAUUAUCAUAAGUCGCGUUUUAACUGCCCGAAAGCGAAAAUAAAUGUCAACUUUUUUUGUAAAACCUUUUCCUAAAUUCUAUUUCCAGUUUCACACUGGAUUUUUUAGUGGAAACAUGAUGUUUUCUUACUAGAAAUACUACUGUGUGUGACUACUAAUAUUGUAAAUAUAUCCCCGCUAAAUUAUAGUUAAGGUUAACCGUAUGCAAUUUGUAUAUUUUUUCAUAAAAUUAACAACGGAAAUGUCGUUCGCUUUGGAGUAAAUUGAGGCCUCGCCGCUCCGCGCGGCACCAGGUUACCUGUCCCGACGGGCAAGUCUCAUUUUUACGUCUAGUCAGUAUGUUAGAUAAACGGGAUAAGUAAUUUUGGCGUAAGAAACGUAAUUUUUACAAAUGAAAGUGGAUCGCAUCGAUUGUAACAGUAAUCUUUAGGUUAUUAUUUAAUUAACUGGCUUCCUGUAGUUAGAUCGCAUUUACGGUUUUCACUUAGGAAAUAUACAUCGUUUCUGCAGGAAAAUCGAUACCUCAGUAUUUGCGGAUCUGUUUAUAUUAUGAGCCUAAAUUCUUGUAAUUUAACGUUUAAUCGCCAACAUUUGCUUUUCUUUCAUUCAGAGUAAAUUAUUAAUUAAAAUUGUACAAGUAAAACAUAUUUAAAGCAUCUAAGCUAAGGGCACGUUUCCCUGACCAAUUGCAGACGAAUUCCAUUACAGGCGCAGUGGAAACGCGACCUCAGUAUAUACCAAUAUAUAGUUAUACAUUAUUACCUAAAUAAUCAUGUUUAAAUGUCAUGAUUAGUACUGAUUCCUUUAUUAUACGUAGAUUAGUAGUCGCAUAGAUAAUUUUCUUUACUAUCACACGAUGUAGCGAACGCAUCAGUUUCAUGUAAUAAGCCAGUUUUAUAUAGUUGAAUAAAAUAGUUAUAAGGUGCGUAAUUUGAUGGUAAAUAAAGGAUAAUUACCGCA